UCACUUGAGUCCUCUUCAAUGCAGGUUGCCAAUUUGGCCUGUUCCAUCUCCAACAACGAGGAAGGGGUGAAAUUAGUCCGAAUGGCAGCCACACAGAUUGAUAGCCUGUGUCCUCAGGUCAUCAAUGCUGCUCUCACACUGGCUGCCCGGCCACAGAGCAAAGUUGCUCAGGAUAACAUGGACGUCUUCAAAGACCAGUGGGAGAAGCAGGUGCGAGUGCUAACUGAGGCUGUGGAUGACAUCACCUCGGUGGAUGACUUCCUGUCUGUCUCAGAAAAUCACAUCUUGGAGGAUGUGAACAAAUGUGUGAUAGCCCUCCAAGAGGGGGAUGUGGAUACCCUGGACCGGACUGCGGGCGCCAUCCGGGGACGGGCAGCUCGGGUGAUACACAUCAUCAAUGCUGAGAUGGAGAACUAUGAAGCUGGGGUUUAUACUGAGAAGGUGCUAGAAGCUACAAAAUUACUUUCUGAGACAGUGAUGCCACGCUUUGCUGAACAAGUCGAGGUUGCCAUUGAAGCCCUGAGUGCCAACGUCCCUCAACCAUUUGAGGAGAAUGAAUUCAUCGAUGCCUCUCGCCUGGUGUAUGACGGUGUUCGGGACAUCAGAAAGGCUGUGCUGAUGAUCAGGACCCCAGAAGAACUAGAAGAUGAUUCUGACUUCGAGCAGGAAGAUUACGACGUGCGUAGCCGGACAAGCGUUCAGACAGAGGAUGACCAGCUCAUUGCAGGGCAGAGUGCACGGGCCAUCAUGGCGCAACUACCACAAGAGGAGAAGGCAAAAAUAGCUGAGCAGGUGGAGAUAUUCCACCAAGAGAAAAGCAAGCUGGACGCUGAAGUGGCCAAGUGGGACGACAGCGGCAAUGACAUCAUUGUUCUGGCCAAGCAGAUGUGUAUGAUCAUGAUGGAAAUGACAGACUUCACAAGAGGCAAAGGCCCUUUGAAAAAUACAUCUGAUGUCAUUAACGCCGCCAAGAAGAUUGCUGAAGCAGGUUCCCGAAUGGACAAAUUAGCUCGCGCUGUGGCUGAUCAGUGUCCUGAUUCAGCAUGUAAGCAGGAUUUAUUAGCCUACCUUCAACGAAUUGCCUUGUAUUGCCAUCAGCUCAAUAUCUGCAGCAAAGUGAAGGCUGAAGUUCAGAAUCUAGGAGGAGAGCUCAUUGUAUCAGGGACAGGAGUUCAGAGCACUUUCACUACCUUUUAUGAGGUAGAUUGUGAUGUCAUAGAUGGGGGCAGGGCUAGUCAACUUUCUACCCACCUCCCAACCUGUGCUGAGGGAGCUCCGAUCGGGAGUGGAAGCAGUGAUUCCUCCAUGCUGGACAGUGCUACGUCGCUUAUCCAGGCAGCUAAAAACCUGAUGAAUGCUGUUGUCCUCACGGUCAAAGCAUCCUAUGUGGCCUCAACCAAAUACCAGAAGGUCUAUGGGACCGCAGCUGUCAACUCACCAGUUGUAUCUUGGAAGAUGAAGGCUCCAGAGAAGAAGCCCCUUGUGAAGAGAGAAAAGCCUGAAGAAUUCCAGACCCGGGUUAGGAGAGGUUCUCAAAAGAAACAUAUUUCACCUGUGCAGGCUUUAAGUGAAUUCAAAGCAAUGGAUUCCUUCUAGGAUGAUUUGGCUUUAACAAGAAAGAUUUUCCUUUCUUUUUAGUUUUCUUUUUCCUUUCUUUUUCAUUUUAAUUCCAUUUUUGUAUGCAUACCUGCCAACUCGUAUGCCUCUGGCAUGGGGAAAUUAAGAGAGCAGUGUCUGUUUGCAUGUAAGAUGAGAUGUGAUCAAUACUACUGAUCCAUCUGCAGCCCGGGGAGGAGGGGACAGGGGAAUUCCUGUCCUGAGGUGGCACAGAGCUGUCCUUUGUAACAUUCUCUUAAAAGUUGGGCAAAGAGUUCGCAUUGCAAUGUUUACGGGAGUGGGAGGGA